UCACACAAGAGAACUUCCCCUGUCGCAUAGAAUACUCGUGUUACAGGUGAAUGUUUUAUCUGUUUGUUGAGCUGCAGCGACUAUUGUCUGUGUGUCUGUGUCUGUGUGUGUGUGUGUGUGGAUUGGUGGGUUAAGGAGCGGGGAUGGAUCCUGGCGGCCUGUCCAGCCCCAGUUUCCAGUGGAAAUGCAGUCUAGAAUGAGCCAGCCCCACAGCCUGCCGCUGGGCUGUCAAGACGCCGGUGCUCUCGCCAUUAAUGCGAGGGCCUUUCACCCCCGUGGGGAGGGCGAAGGAAGGCGAAGGGGAUUCAUCCUGAGGAAGAGAGCGUCCAGUCUGCUGCUCAGUCAGACACAGGGAGGUGGGAGGUCCUGACUGAGGUGACAAUGGGAGCUGGACUGAUGAGGACAGUGAUGAAGAGCAAAGUGUUGGAGCCGGUCUUGCUGAAGGCGAGGAGGAGGGUGAGAUAGACACAGGAUCUGGACUGACUUCUCCCACUCCGGUCUGUGUGUGUGUGUCUGUGUGUCUCUGUCUGGCUGAGGGGGAGGCACUGAAGAUAAAGAAGAAAGAAUGCAGAGCGGACAACCGCGAAACAGCGGCGCCAGCAACGUCCAGGGAGACGAGAAGAAAUCCUGUUUUUCCAACAUCAAAAUCUUCCUGAUAUCAGAGUGCGCACUGAUGCUGGCACAGGGAACCGUGGGGGCUUAUCUGGUUAGCGUGCUCACCACUCUGGAGAGGAGAUUUAACUUACAGAGCGCUGACGUUGGUGUUAUUGCCAGCAGCUUUGAGAUUGGAAAUUUAGCCCUGAUAUUAUUUGUGAGCUACUUUGGGGCAAGAGGGCACAGGCCGCGCCUGAUAGGAUGUGGGGGCAUCGUAAUGGCCCUGGGGGCUUUGCUAUCCGCCCUGCCGGAGUUCCUAACUCACCAGUACAAGUAUGAAUCUGGGGAGAUUCCCUGGGGACUAGAAGGCCGAGACCUGUGUGUUGCAAAUAUAUCAGCAAACAGCCAAGAACAGGAGGCCAAGAUAAUCUGCAGGAACAGGACUUCUACCAACAUGAUGUACCUUCUACUAAUUGGAGCCCAAGUCCUAUUAGGUAUUGGUGCUACACCAGUCCAACCUCUUGGCGUGUCUUACAUAGAUGAUCAUGUCCAAAGGAAGGAUUCCUCUCUGUAUAUUGGAAUUCUCUUCACCACCUUGGUUUUCGGCCCAGCUUGUGGUUUCAUUCUUGGUUCCCUUUGCACCAAGUUCUACGUGGAUGCAGUUUUCAUCGACACAAGUAAACUGGACAUUUCUCCUGAGGACCCUCGCUGGAUCGGAGCUUGGUGGGGGGGCUUCCUGCUCUGUGGUGCUUUGCUCUUCUUCUCAGCUCUCUUCAUGUUUGGGUUCCCGCAGUCGCUGGCUAUCAAGGGUGACCGGAUCCCAGAGAGUGAACAGGCCAUGCUUCCACAGAAUAUCCCACAGGAAUUUGAGAGACCGAAGCCCAGCAAUGGAGUAGCAGAGCACCUCCAUCCGUCCAGCACCACUUCCUGUUUCCAACAGCUGAGAGUGAUUCCAAAGGUGACCAAGCACUUGUUGUCAAACCCAGUGUUUACGUGUAUCGUUCUCGCUGCCUGUAUGGAGAUUGCUGUUGUCGCAGGAUUUGCUGCCUUCCUGGGCAAAUACCUCGAGCAGCAGUUCAACCUUUCAGCCUCUUCCGCCAAUCAGCUUCUGGGGAUGACAGCCAUUCCCUGUGCAUGUCUGGGCAUCUUCCUUGGAGGGCUUCUAGUGAAGAAACUCAGCUUGACACCUCUGGGUGCCAUUAGGAUGGCGAUGUUAGUUAACCUCGUGUCCACUGCCUGCUACAUUUCCUUUCUCUUUCUGGGAUGUGAUACAGGACCCAUAGCUGGGGUCACCGUCCCUUAUGGAAACACAUCUGUCUCAUACAUGGAUUUGGACCCUUAUGCACCCUGUAAUAGUGAUUGUGACUGUAAAACGGCAGCUUAUAAUCCCGUUUGUGGAUCUGAUGGAAUUACCUACUUAUCUUCAUGUUUUGCUGGCUGCUCCAACAUGAAUCUCACUGCCUGUGCUUGUCUGAACACUGGCCCCAUCAAGAAUGCCACUGUCAUCCCUGGCAAAUGUCCGAGCCCGGGCUGUCAGGAGGCCUUUCUGACUUUCAUGUGCGUGAUGUGCUUUUGCAGCCUCAUUGGAGCUAUGGCCCAGACUCCAGCUAUCAUUAUACUUAUCAGGGCCGUCAAUCCUGAGCUCAAGUCGUAUGCGCUGGGAGUUCUGUUCCUGCUUUUGCGAUUGCUCGGUUUUAUUCCUCCACCUCUCAUCUUUGGCGCUGGGAUUGAUUCAACGUGCUUGUUCUGGACCACUAUCUGUGGGGAGCUGGGAGCCUGUAUGUUAUACGAUAACGUAGUUUAUCGGUACCUCUACAUCAGCAUCGCCAUCACACUGAAGACAUUUGCAUUCAUCCUGUACACAACAACCUGGCACUGUCUGCGGAGGAAUGCCAGUAAGUACAUCAGGGAUGAUGAGAGAAAUCUCCAGCCACUAACUGCGAGUGACCUUUUUGCAUCAACCUUAACAUUGGACACUGCAGGAAGGGACUCUAGCCAACCUCCUUCUCAAAAGACCAAAUUUAUCUAUAAUCUUGAGGACCAUGAAUGGUGCGAAAACAUGGAAUCAGUCCUAUAAAAGAAAAAACUUGAAAUUAGUUUUGUACUUUUUUUCUUUUUUGGAGAUGGAGGAAGAGAAACACCGUGAGAAUGCCCGGAAGAUGCAUUUGUAGACUUUUAAACAUUUUUUUUCAAAGUUCCUGUUUCCAAGCCAUGGACAGAACCUUCUAAUGACUGCACGAUGGCUUUCAAACACUUGUUAAUGUUUGUGGGGAAAAUCCAAGGGAGUUCAUCCAUGUUACACACUAAUUGUCAAGGACUGUAAUGACAAACAUCAUGAGUACCAUGUCUUGGAAUGCUGUGGUAUGCCACCUCACAGGGUGAGGGACAUGGGUAUGAUCAUCCCACUAGUGCCCUAUCAAUUUCAGCUGUGGGCAUUUGGCAGAUCAAAGCCAGGGACUUCCAUUACAGCAAAUUGGUAGGACCAGUUUUACCUUCAAAAUGGACUGUUUUUACUUGGUAUUCAGAAUGACCAAACCCCCAGAAAGCUUUCCCUUUACCCGGGGCACAGGAUAAGGCGAAGGGGUGGGGAGGGUGGGCAAAAGGAGAGGAACAACUCCAAACCCCAAAUCAUCCAACCUAUGACAGCUGGAGUUGACCAUUUUAAAAAGGCACAGUAAAUAACAGAUCUACAAAAAGUCACGAUAAAGGGAGAAACGGGCUACAUUUGAGCUCAAAAGGUAGAUGAUGCGUGCCGCAGAAUUCAGUGAAAACAGCUUGACCGAAAUAAAGAACAAAGGACCUCUAAGAAAUGAGAUUGUAACAAAGUCUGUGAACACUUUGUUCUCAUGUAAAUAAAUUUGUGACCUUCCCUACACUUAGCAAUAGAUGAAAGAAACAAUUUGCCUCAUUGGUGUCAGUCAAAAUGGUUUAAUCUUGUCAAUAGAGGUUUUUCCCUAUAGAAAUUGCUGUUUCUCAUGCUGACAAUUCCCCAAAAAAUGACCGAUUUGCAAAUUGCGUGUUAUCUGAAAGAUUGAGUUUUUACAUAGCAGUAUGAGAGCUCCCUAAUGGUUAAUUGAAAAACACCAGCCUAUUUAACCUUUAUUUAACUUUGAAUUACCAAUGUCACACACAUCCAACACAUAGAUGCAUUAAUGGAGGGGGAAGGCAUUGAUGUAGUUCUAAUCACUAGUAAUCCAGAAUGCAGGGAUGGGUUUGAAUUUUACCAUGCCAGAUGGUGAAAUUUAAAUUUCAUGAAAAGAUCAGUUAAUGAUCUAUAACACCAUUAAUUAUUGUAAAAAGCAAUCUGGUUCAUUAAUGACCCUUUAGGGAAAGGGGUCUGGUGCACUUAGCUGAUCUGGCUUAUUUGUGACUCCAGACUCUCAGCUGGAAAGUGGAAAUGAGUGUUGGAUCCUAUUGAAUGGUGGAGAAAGCUCAAGGGGCUAAUAGGGUUCCUAAUUUCCUGUGUUCUAUUUUUGUAGAAUCUUAUGGACUCUUAACUGCCCUCUGAAAUGGCCUCAGUAAGCCAGCCAGCCAGUUCAAGUAGCAAUUAGGAGUGGUCCAGGCAGUGGUGCACAUAUCCCAGGAAGAAAUAAUAAAAAAAUUACAUAUCUAUGUUGGACCUUUGGAAGAGCUAUUUACUUAGAAUCAUAGAGCUGUACAGCAUGGACAAUUCAACACAUCCAUGCCUCCCAGAUACCCUAAAUUAAU